GUUGCUUCCAAACCCUUCCGCCGCCGCCGCUACGACCGAGGCGUCACCUUCGCCGAUCCAACAUGGGUAAGACACGUGGUAUGGGAGCUGGGCGCAAGCUCAAGACCCACAGAAGGAACCAGAGGUGGGCUGACAAAGCUUACAAGAAGAGUCACCUCGGCAACGAGUGGAAGAAACCCUUUGCUGGUUCAUCUCACGCAAAGGGAAUUGUCCUUGAAAAGAUUGGUAUUGAGGCUAAGCAGCCAAACUCUGCUAUCCGUAAGUGUGCUCGUGUCCAGCUCGUGAAGAAUGGAAAGAAAAUCGCUGCCUUUGUGCCAAACGAUGGUUGCUUAAACUACAUUGAGGAAAAUGACGAGGUUCUCAUUGCUGGGUUCGGUCGUAAGGGUCACGCCGUGGGAGAUAUUCCCGGUGUCCGUUUCAAGGUCGUGAAGGUCUCUGGUGUUUCCCUGCUCGCCCUCUUCAAGGAAAAGAAGGAGAAGCCGAGAUCUUGAAGAACCACUCCCCUUCGCCGCACCGAUACUCGUAAUGUUUUUUGGGCCUGUGGCGCACCGGAAGGGCUAUCUCAUAUCAGAACUCAUGUUGAAACGAACCUGUCAGCUGUUUGGCCAUAGCUUUGUCGAGGAAACAUCUGAAUUUGAAUUCUAUCUAUAAAGCUGCUACUCAGUGUGAUGUUAUGUUCA